AGGAAGCUGAGACGGUUUUGCUCGGAGACAAUCCCAACUGUCUAAAAACACGUUUUUCGACGGAUAUGGAUAUCAUGGAACAUCAUUUGAGCAAACGUACUGACAACCCAGCCUCAUUUGAGCACACACAAUCACUCUCAUUCUCAAGGUUUCUUUUCAUGGUUCUUUUGAACAACCCAGCCUGUAAUGACCAAAAGUUUCUCCUUAAGAUAAGAAAACCUGGUAUGACUUUACUGGCUUUCCAUAGAGCAAGGAUCUCAGCUAUUUCACUGCUAACGGUAGUUGGAUCUGAGAGUGCAAUCAA